AUGUCAUACUUAUCCCGUACAUCUUCCGUCUAUCUGAUGAGGCCGUCAACAGUUCUAGCCAUGCACAGUAGACUGACCCAUAUUGUCUAAUUCCCCAUUAUGCGGUCGCAAUUGACCCGCCAUGUCUUGCGACGCCUUCUAGCGAGCGACGCACACAUUCCCCUCACUUGCCUCCAUCCCACCUUCGUCCUGUCUCGGUCCCGCCCGACCUUCCGCGUAUAUCCAGUAGGAUCGAGGGUGGCAAGGACUGUCCAGAAAAGAACAUUCAUCAAGGAAUUCUUUGCCCAAAAGAGCCCAAGGGCAUUGAAGCAACUAGAGACCGAGCCGGGAUAUGCGAUCCUACUCAGAUUCCAUGCUUCCGAAAAUAUUGGUACCCAAAAUAGUAGACGACCUCCUGCUCCCGAUGAGCUCGUUCAAGCAUGGCGGGAAUUCUUUGCGUACAAGACCAAGCACGGCCGAGCAGUAAACUCCACACAGGCAUUGUCUGCUCAUCGGGUGCUGCUACAUCUCUCUACUUCUCCAGCUAACCCUCGGGGUGCGCAUCUAUCUGAGGAUGACCUCCGAACUGCUAGGGAGUGUAUGUUGAAGCCUCCAAGAGACUAUUUCUUGCAUCACGUCGAUUUUUCAAGGGAAAUAUACAAUGAGUUAAAAAGACGAGGCGUACUUCAAUCAAGUGAUUUCAAUGCAUUAUUAACCGCCUUGUCGCAGUAUGGCAAGGCUCUUGAAGCUAGGGAUCGAGUUCUGAAGUACUAUCAAACCACGCAGGACAAGGAACCUUUCGACACUCGGUUUAGACAAUUUAUGCCGGUUAUUCGAGGACUUGCUAAAGAAGACCGCGAAACAGAGUUCUUGGCCCUUAUUUCAAAGGCAAGGGAGGCUGGUGUCGAAUAUGAUCCAACGCUUCAUGGCAUCAUGACCACCUAUUUUGCGAAGAAAAAUGAUAUUAGGCAAGCAAAACUCUGGUUCAACAAUCAAAUCAAAAGAGACCUCCCUCCAGAGCCUACAACGUAUUAUGAGAUUCUCCAAUUUUCACUUCGCAAUGGCCAGGAGAAAUGGGCUAUGGAAAUCUAUCAAAAUCUCAUUUCUAAGUUGGAAUCUGGUGAAUGGCAAAACAGCAAACCUAGUUGGGAUGCCUCUUUCCAGUGGGCAGUUUUGUUACUUGGAAAGGGAAUGGAUCAUAUCGAGCAUAUGAUUAAAGUCGCAUACGAGCACAACCAGGAUAAUCCUAACUCUCAACCCAAUAUAGAAACGAUGAAUAGUCUUAUCAAGAUCGCCACUGACAAGAACGAUCCGUAUAUGGCCGAACGGUUCAUCGCAUUAUCGAAGAAACUUGGGUUCGAACCAAAUUAUAAAACCUAUAUGCUCCAGUUGGAAUACCGGAUCCGUGCGAAUGACCUUGACGGCGCAUUCGUCGCUUAUCAAGCCCUCGAGGACCUAGAUGUGACGAUGGAAGAUCAAGAACUUGCAACCUUGAACUCUCUGAUUCGCGCAUUGUGUGCCGCACCAAAUCCGGUCUAUGAACGGGUUCUCGAUGUCACCAGCUACCUUGAACAACGGCUCGUGACGUUAGAACCGGAAACCGUCAUGUCUAUAUGCAUGGCUUUUCUUAAAAAUGACGAGACCUAUGAAGUUAUCGACACGCUAUCACUCCACACCGCCUACUAUAGUGUCGUCGAGCGCGCGAUGGUCCAAGAUGCCUUCGUCAAGUAUUGCUUGGAUAAAAAUAAUAGCACGGCUCGAGUCUGGGACGCAUACUCUUUGUUACGCCAGUUUUUCCCCGAGACGCCACUUGAAUCUAGGGUGAAGAUCAUGGAUGCUCUUUUCGAUAGACGUCGUGCAGAUAUGGCAGCACAUACGUUCGGGCAUAUGCGCGCAAUCGGAAACCCGCGCCUCCGACCUACUCUAGAGACUUAUGUCCGCUUCUUCGAAGGCAUCGGCAAGUGUCCUGAUGAGGAUAGUAUGAGAACGGUCCAUAAUAUGCUGAAGAUGGACACGACGAUCCAACCCAACACGCUCCUAUUUAACGCGUUGAUGAUCGCACAUGUAGCAUGUGAAUUACCGUAUCGGUCUCUUGAUAUUUGGAAGGAGAUCACCGCGUCACCUGAAGGCCCGUCGUAUGCCUCACUCGAAAUUGUUCUUAGGGCUUACGAAAUUACCCCUGACGGCGAUGCACUUGCGGAUGAGCUCUGGGAGAAAAUGAAGAGGAUGGAAAUUGAUAUACCUAAGCACGUCUACUUUGCAUACGUGGUGACGAUGGCGGCGCAUGGUCACUUUACACAGGCGAAGACGUUGUUGGAGGAUAUGGAAAAUGCGGUUGGACAACCUCCACACCCCUUCGACCUCGGUCAUUUCUACAAUGCACUGCCUUCACGAGAGUUGAAAGAAGAGUUCGACACGUGGGUAAACGAAGAAUACCCAAAAGCAUGGAGGGCACUGAGAGCAAAGUACAGCAAAACAUCAGGCAAGGAUGGUCAACCGGGAUACAAGGUUCGCCGGCCCUGGAAGGCAUGAUUUGAUGAUGUGAAUGAAUUUAUCUUUGUACAACACUAUUCAUACAUCUAAAUACUUCUUGCCGGUCUCUCUGUAUAUAGGUGGUAUGAAGAAGGCACCAAGCCGUUGUACAACGGAUCACUCUGUGGCUCAUCUGUAAUCCCGCUUACUGGCGGCGUUCUGC